UCGAUACUACUGCUGAACAACUACCCGACACAUUUCCUACAGCGAAUACUCAAACAACGAGUCCAUGCAGCGUACAAUACUCUCGAAGAUAGGCGGGAGACCAGAGAGAGAACUAAAUAUGUAUCGUUACCGUAUAUCCCAUGUCUGAGCGAGAAGACAACAUACCAAAAAUGCAAAAAACUAACUUGGUAUAUAGCGUACCAUGUGGAGCAUGUCCAGACAAGGAAUACGUGGGGCAAACUUCACAAACGCUGGAAAAGCGCCUCGCCCAACAUCGAUAUGACGUACGGAGACAAACAACUACAACAGGCUUAGCGCAACACGCAAUAGAGAACGGACACGAGUUCGAUUUCUCCCGCACUCGAAUACUAGAGCAGAUUACCAGAGAGCAAAGCAGAAUAUCGGCGGAGGCUCUCCACAUUAAACUGAGCGGGAACAGAUCAGUGAAUCUACAACGCGAUGCACUGGGGUUCUCCAAUACAUACAUUGGCAUGGUUAAAAAACUCAGAGAGGUGUACGAGAACAAAAAUCAACCUGCUGAUCGACAACGCGCGCAAAAUGAGAAUGGAUAGAAGUUAGAGGGAUCCA